ACUUUUCCUUUGUAAAUUACGACGAUGUCUUAAUUCAACCGAAUUUCCAAUAUGAAAACAGGCUCUGUUAGAUAUCUGCGAAUUCCAGCGUUGUUUUACGAACCAAAAUCUAUAUGUACCUACUAUAUAAUAAAGUCAUCUGUAGACGUCAUACCUGCUUUAUAAAUUUUAUUGGGAUUAUAUAAGUAACGUUAUAAAUUUUUUCGAAAUAAGCCACUAUCUCCACUAUUACUUUUUUAUCUAUUUCAGUAAAAACAAGACGCCUCAGUUGACUGACUGAUUUAACAGAAACAGCAAGAUGAGUUUAAACGACAUUGAAAACUGGGUUAAGAAAAUUGCCUGUUCCUUAGGAAUUCUUCAAGGACUGGCCUAUGCAAUCCUGGCUCUGAUAUGUAUAAUCGUAUACAACGACACACCACCCAACCUCCCUGAGAAUAGUUACAUGGACAUGCUGAACGCUUUCUGGUACACGUUUUAUUUGGGACCUAACUUACGUUCGUUUGAAGACCAAACUUUAUAUCCACGUGUUUUUGCUGGUUUCGCUUGGGUCUAUUUAAUUCUCCACAUCAUCUGGAUAGGGGUUUCAGUUUUCGCGUUGCGUGAACAAAAUACUCAGGUCCAGAAGUAUUUGAAGCUUUGGAGUUACAUCACAUUUGUUAUUUCUUUGUGGGAUUUUCUAGUUGUCAUUAUUUUCGGAUCAGAUUAUGGCAAGUGCUUAAGUUACGUCGACAAGUACUUUUGGAUCCCAACUGAGAAAAUCGCCAAUCAACUGAUCUGUGCUAAUGCAGUUUUGCCAGUGUUGGUAAUCGCAGCUCGAGGAUUUGUAUUAUGGGUUGUUAAUGUUAUUUUAGCAGCGGCUACACUCAACAUGAGCAGACGCUUCAAAACGCCAGUGCAGCCACCUGCAUAUGUUUCACCGAUUGGUUUCCACAUACAACAUCCUGUUGGCCAGCCUCUUCCAGAUCGUCCGCAGCCAGUGACGUGCUCACUACCCCCUCCACCAAAUUCGCAGUAUCCAGUUCAAAUUCCAGAACCGGAUUACGACUGGCCUUCGUCACCUUUCAGAAAAUGAGUUUGAUAAUAGGUUUAGAUAAAAAAAAACAAUAAUUUAUUACAUUACUUGUUAUUUUUGUCUAGAUUUUACCAAGCAUGAUACUCUUUUAUGAUGUAAAUAUAGUUUUAGUGAUUUCUUUUAA